UGCAGCCAGUGCCGUCACAGCGGGAGGAUGAACAACCAGAAAUGUAGCACUUUAUUUCAGAAACCAAGAGGACGGACGAGGAUUAUUCAGUGUAUCUAUGUGGUGGGCUUCAUGGAUUUGUUUGGGGUGAGCAUGAUCAUCCCGCUGCUGAGCCAUCACGUGAAAGCUCUAGGAGCCAGUCCCACUGUGGCUGGUAUAGUAGGAUCUACAUAUGGGAUCUUACAGCUCUUCUCAAGCACAAUAGUUGGCAGCUGGAGUGACGUGGUGGGACGGAGGUACUCUCUGCUGACCUGUCUGCUGCUGAGUGCGCUAGGCUACGGCCUGCUGGGGAUGUCCACUAGCAUCGCUUUGUUUGUCCUCGCACGGAUACCUGUGGGGCUGUUCAAGCACUCCCUGUCAAUCUGCAGAGCCCUGCUGUCUGACCUGGUGUCUGAGUCAGAGCGCCCUCUGGUGAUGGGACACUUUAAUGCCGCCUCUAGUGUUGGCUUCAUCUUGGGCCCUGUGGUGGGUGGCUACCUCACAGAGCAUGAAGGAGGCUUUUAUACCUCCUCCUUUACUUGUGCAGCCAUCUUCCUCAUUAAUGCAGGACUGGUGUGGAUGCUACCGUGGAGCGAGACACUAGUUCACCGCAAUGAUACUAACUCCAGCAACAACACUAGUAAACGCUGUCAUGACAACCACUGUAGUACGUCUGUACAGAAUGGUUCUCAUACAAAUAAAAACCACGUAUUGCUGGCAGCAGACGCUGAACCGGGCUCCAGAGCUCCAGGGAAGCUUCCAGGUGAUCUCAGGUGGAGGGAGGUGCCUCUGCUCCAGCCUGCCUGGAGACAGCUGUCGUCAGUGGGCUCCAAGAUCCACAUGGUGGCUUCUUCCGACAUGUGGGACCUCUUUCUGGUGCGUCUUUUGAUGGCCAUAGCAAUCAUGCUUUACUACAGUAACUUCUCUCUGGCCAUGGAGGAGCGUUUCUCACUUAAACCAAAGGUGACAGGUUAUCUGAUCAGCUACAGCAGCACCUUAGGGGCCCUGGCUGGGUUCCUGGUGGGGCCAGUCACGCAGCUCUAUAAGAAUAACAUGCCUGCUCUGCUGCUGCACUCCACAGUGCUCACCUGUUCACUUAUUUUCCUCUACGCUGCUGCGCCCAGCGUCUGGCAGGUGCUUCUCACCUCCACCUUCUUUGCCAUUUCCACCACCAUUGGACGGACAUGUAUCACAGACCUAGAACUGCAGAGGGGAGGGGUCCAGGCCAGCGGGACUCUGAUCGGUGCCGGACAGUCCGUUACAGCUGUAGGUCGCGUCCUGGCUCCUCUUCUUUCCGGUCUGGCUCAGGAGUUCAGCCCUUGCGGUCCCCCUAGUCUGGGAGUGGUCCUGGCUCUAGCAGCUGUGGGUUUACUACUCAUCAGGAUCCCCAAAUGGGACGGGAGAGGAAUGACAAAAACAGACAAAAAACUCUGAAACUCAGAGCAACUCAAUUAAUUUAAAAUUAUGAUAAAUAAUGUACAUCCACCACUCAGAGAAGUGCUCUUAUUUUGUAGGUGGCCGCCGGUGAAGGACUCACAGUGGGAGCAAUGUGUCUCACUCGAGCUUGUUUCUUGACAAGAUGCCCUUUACCAAUACAUUUGUGGGUCAAAGUGGCUCUUCACCACCAGCACUCCGGCCCUUCUUUGGGAGAAAGGAUUCAAAAUUCAAGAGCAGCACUGAGAGUGAAGUCAGGGCUGAAACGUUUAAUCAGCUUCCCCCCCUGUGCUGAAGCAUGAUCAGACAAACAUGUGGGGCAUGUACUGGCACAUAUUACUUGUGACAGCUUGAUUGGAAACAAGGUACACUUUGAUUUUUAAUAUAACCCUGUAACCACUACAUUGUCCAAAAUGCCCUCAAGUGCACCCACUGCGGAAGAGGAAGGUGCAGGCAGUGAUACUUCAGACAUUCAUAAAUAAGAUGAACCUCUGGGGAAACUGGACUGCCUGAACACAACAUUGUUCUACUUUGGGGUAGCCAAGUUGGUCUACACAUUUUUACCUCAGUACCAGAUGUUUUUUUUUU